UUGAGACGAAGUCUCGCUCUGUCGCCCAGGUUGGACUGCAAUGGCACAAUCUCGGCUCACUGUAACCUCCGCCUCCCGGGUUCAAACGAUUCUCAUGCCUCAGCCCAACGCUAGAUUGGUUUUUCCGAGCCUGUGAACUCCAUGGAGUUGCCAAAUAAGCGCAGUCCCGGUGGACCAACGCCCAGGACGGAUGCUGUAGGCGAACCCUAUGCUAAGCCGCAGGCAGCGGUUCCGGACUCUGGGACUUAACCUAAUGUGGCGGGGCGGGACUUCCGGCGGGAGGCUGACGCGGCGGCGGAGGCGCAGGCGCGGGCUGGCAGGUGUCGCUGACCGGACGGUGGUCGCUGGGGCGAGAAGCUGGAGCCGGAGAGGCGAGGCAGGACCCCGGCUCCACUGCCGCCUCUCCGAGCUCUCGCGACGCGGACCUCUGCCAGGAUGGCUCGGGGCGAGCGGCGGCGCCGCGCAGUGCCGGCAGAGGGAGUGCGGACCGUCGAGAGGGCGGCUCGGGGAGGCCCCGGGCGACGGGACGGCCGGGGCGGCGGGCCGCGUAGCACGGCUGGAGGAGUGGCUCUGGCCGUCGUGGUCCUGUCUUUGGCCCUGGGCAUGUCGGGGCGCUGGGUGCUGGCGUGGCACCGUGCGCGGCGGGCGGUCACGCUGCACUCCGCGCCUCCUGUGUUGCCUGCCGACUCCUCCAGCCCCGCCGUGGCCCCGGACCUCUUCUGGGGAACCUACCGCCCUCACGUCUACUUCGGCAUGAAGACCCGCAGCCCGAAGCCACUCCUCACCGGACUGAUGUGGGCGCAGCAGGGCACCACCCCGGGGACUCCUAAGCUCAGGCACACGUGUGAGCAGGGGGACGGUGUGGGUCCCUAUGGCUGGGAGUUCCACGACGGCCUCUCCUUCGGGCGGCAGCACAUCCAGGAUGGGGCCUUAAAGCUCACCACUGAGUUCGUCAAGAGGCCUGGGGGUCAGCACGGAGGGGACUGGAGCUGGAGAGUGACUGUAGAGCCUCAGGCCUCAGGUACCUCUGCCAUCCCUUUGGUCUCCCUGUUCUUCUAUGUGGUGACAGAUAGCAAUGAAGUCCUAAUACCGGAGGUUGGGUCCAAGGGGCAGUUGAAGUUCAUCAGUGGGCACACCAGUGAACUUGGUGACUUCCGUUUUACACUUCUGCCACCAACUAGUCCAGGGGAUACAGCCCCCAAGUAUGGCAGCUACAAUGUCUUCUGGACCUCCAACCCAGGACUGCCCCUGCUGACAGAGAUGGUAAAGAGUCGCCUAAAUAGCUGGUUUCAGCAUCGGCCCCCAGGGGCCUCCCCUGAACGCUACCUCGGCUUGGCAGGAUCUCUGAAGUGGGAGGACAGAGGCCCAAGUGGGCAAGGGCAGGGGCAGUUCUUGAUACAGCAGGUGACCCUGAAAGUUCCCUUUUCCAUAGAGUUUGUGUUUGAAUCGGGCAGUGCCCAGGCAGGAGGAAAUCAAGUCCUACCAAGACUGGCAGGCAGUCUACUGACCCAUGCCCUGGAGAGCCAUGCUGAGGCCUUUAGAGAGCGCUUUGAGAAGACCUUCCAGCUGAAGGAGAAGGGCCUGAGCCCUGGCGAGCAGGCUUUGGGUCAGGCUGCCCUCAGCAGCCUCCUUGGUGGAAUUGGCUACUUCUACGGACAAGGACUGGUACUGCCAGACAUGGGGGUGGAAGGGUCUGAGCAGAAGGUGGACCCAGCCCUCUUUCCACCCCUACCUCUUUUUACAGCAGUGCCUUCCCGGUCAUUCUUCCCACGAGGCUUCCUUUGGGAUGAGGGCUUUCACCAGCUGGUGGUUCAGCGGUGGGAUCCCUCCCUCACCCGGGAAGCCCUGGGCCACUGGCUGGGGCUGCUAAAUGCUGAUGGCUGGAUUGGGAGGGAGCAGAUACUGGGGGAUGAGGCCCGAGCCCGGGUACCUCCAGAAUUCCUAGUGCAACGAGCAGUCCAUGCCAACCCCCCAACCCUACUUUUGCCUGUAGCCCAUAUGCUAGAGGUUGGUGACCCUGACGACUUGGCCUUCCUCCGAAAGGCCUUCCCCCGCCUGCAUGCCUGGUUCUCCUGGCUCCAUCAGAGCCAGGCAGGCCCAGUUCCACUAUCUUACCGCUGGCGGGGACGGGACCCUGCUUUACCAACCUUACUGAACCCCAAGACCCUACCCUCUGGGCUGGAUGACUACCCCCGGGCUUCACACCCUUCAGUCACUGAACGGCACCUGGACCUGCGAUGUUGGGUGGCACUGGGUGCCCGUGUGCUGACGCAGCUGGCAGAGUAUCUGGGCGAGGCUGAGGUAGCUGCUGAGCUGGGCCCACUGGCUGCCUCACUGGAGGCAGCAGAGAGCCUGGAUGAGCUGCACUGGGCCCCAGAGCUAGGAGUCUUUGCAGACUUUGGGAACCACACAAAAGCAGUACAGCUGAAGCCCAGGCCCCCUCAGGGGCUGGUUCGGGUGGUGGGCCGGCCCCAACCUCGACUGCAGUAUGUAGAUGCCCUUGGCUAUGUCAGUCUUUUUCCCUUGCUGCUGCGACUGCUGGACCCCAACUCAUCCCGCCUUGGGUCCCUGCUGGAUAUUCUAGCUGACAGCCGCCAUCUCUGGAGCCCCUUUGGUUUACGCUCCCUUGCAGCCUCCAGCUCCUUUUAUGGCCAGCGCAAUUCAGAGCAUGAUCCCCCCUACUGGCGGGGUGCUGUGUGGCUCAAUGUCAACUACCUGGCUUUGGGAGCACUCCACCACUAUGGGCAUCUGGAGGGUCCUCACCAGGCUCGGGCUGCCAAACUCCACAGUGAGCUCCGUGCCAAUGUGGUAGGCAAUGUAUGGCGCCAGUACCAGGCUACAGGCUUUCUCUGGGAGCAGUAUAGUGACCGAGAUGGGCGAGGCAUGGGCUGCCGCCCUUUCCACGGCUGGACCAGCCUUGUCUUACUGGCCAUGGCUGAAGACUACUGAAGGGAGGGAGAGGAGGGGAGCCAGGCCACUCAUGCCACUCUGGCUCUAGAGGGACAAAGGCUUCUGGCUUCUGCCCCCAGUCCCUUGGAUACCAGUAAUUCAAACCUUCCUCAUUUCAUCUCAGGUGUCUCCUUACUGUCAUCCCACAUAGCCCUGGGAUGAAUGUGAAUUCAGAGUCUAUUUUUCUAAAUAAAUUGGAAAAAACAUUUUGAACUCUA